AUGUCUUUUACAGAAGGUGGGUUUGUAAAGAAACUCGAGAACUUACAAGAAACUCAGGAUUCUAUCGUUUCCAUAAGUCAAUGGGUGCUCUUCCAUCAUCGUCACAUUUCAGAAAUUUGUGAAAUUUGGAAAAAAUUCACUUUACUGGCUCCUUCAAAUAAGAUUCUAUCAUUAUUAUACCUUUGUAAUGAUGUGGUCCAACAACUGAAACAUAAGCAGAAAUUAGAAAUAUUGAAGGUUUUUGCUACAGUAAUACCACAAGUUAUCAGUGAAGUGAUGGUAAAAUUGGAUGAUAGGAUUAAACCAAAAGUUGAAAGGUUAGUAAAUGUAUGGGAAACAAGAUCUGUAUUUACCGCUAAUGAUUUAAAUGCCAUGAAACAAGCUUUGACAGCAACUCCAAAACCUUCUAAGGAACCUAAAUUACCUACAAAACCAUUAAAUUUACCGGCUAUACCCUUACCACCAACCCCUGUCACUACUCCUUCCACCCCUUCAGAAAUCGUAAGUGAAAUACUCGAAGUCAAUAACUUAUUCGUUCAUUUGAAUCAACUCACAGAUAAGAGUCAAACCACAUUAAACGAGGUGGGGAUCCAAUCCAUGAACUAUUUACCUCAUGACCCCAGUACCACAGAUUUACCUGAAACUAACGAGCAUAUUACUAAACUUAAUGAUUUAGAAGAUUUAUGUAAAACCACCUUGGAUACUUUCGACCAGGUUAAGAAAUCUAAAAAGAAAAUUGUUGAUACUUUGAAACAACUCGUUAAUUCUUUGGAAAAUGGGUUGAAUGCUGAUGAAUAUAAGAAAUCCAUAGUUAAGGAUAAAUUAUCAAAACUUCAUCAAACAAGGAAUCAAUUACAAGGACAAGAUCCCGAAGAUUUCAGUGGUUAUAGUUACAGUGAUUAUACUAGUGCCAAUAGUGAAGAUGAGUUUGUGGCACCAACUUAUGAUAGUGAUUCUGAUACUGAGUCACCAAAAUUUACAUCUCAAUCUGUAGAGCCAUUACCUAAGAAACCCAAAAAGGGUCGUAAGAGAAGAAAGAGUGUUGCAUUCAGUGAUAAUGUGGAGAUUAAAGAAUAUGAUCGAGAUAAUUUGGAAGUGAUCAAGAUCAUUAAAAGUGAUGAUGAUUUUAGUGAUUUAAGUGAGUUUGAAAGAACUGAUCAUGAAGAUACCGAUCAUGAGACAAAUGAAGGUAAUACCCCCUCAGUUCUUGAUUUGUUAUCUAAAUUGACUUAG